GAUUGAUUUGUUUAUGAACAGCGGGAUUUUUGAUUUCUUGGAUACUUGGGCUUGUUCGGCGAGAUAAUAUACUAUAUUUACAGUGUCUGCUUUGAAGACGCUUGUUUUGAGAGACUUUUGCUGGGCUUUGUCUCAAUUGUGAAGAGUUCUUCCCUUCGAGAGAGAAAAUGGAGGAAGAAGGUCGUCCCAGAAAGUUGGUCAAGCUCGACCACGACGACUCGCAACAACAACCACCCCAACAGGACUCAACAAUGGCGGAGUCAGAUCCCGUGUCAGAACUCACGACUGCCGCAGUCGAACCCCGCGACACCGAUGAAACCACCACAACAACAGCGAACAAUGGCGCCCCGAGCGAACCAACUGACGAGACGGCACCAAUGUCCAAGCGCGCCAUGAAGCGCCAGCGCCGCCGCGAACAAUGGGAAGAAGGACGCGAUCAGCGUAAAGUCAAGCGGAAGGAGCGCAUCCAGGCCCGCAAGGAGCGCCGGCGGGCGGAGCUCCAGGUCGCAAAGGACGAGGGCCGGGAGGCGGAGUUCCGCAAGGAGCACGAGCGCACGCCCGCGCGGUUCCGGAAGGGCACCCUGCUACCGCUGACGCUGAUUCUCGACUGCGGGUUCGACGAGCUGAUGAUCGAGAAGGAGCGCAUCUCGCUGGGCUCGCAGCUGACCCGGUCGUACUCGGACAACAGCCGCGCGCCGUUCCGGUCGCACUUGGUGGUCUCCUCGUUCAACAAGCUGCUGAAGCAGCGGUUCGAUACCGUGCUGGCGAAGACGUACGAGAACUGGAAGGGCAUCCGGUUCCUGGAGGCGGACUUCGUCGAGGCCGCGGAGAAGGCCAAGGAGUGGAUGGUCGUGCCGGACGGCGGCCGGUUCGAGGGCGUCUUUGCGGAUAAAGCGGACACAAAGCCCGAGGACGGCGAGAUCGUCUACUUGAGCAGCGACAGUCCGCACACGCUGACGGAGCUGAAGCCGUUUAGUACCUACAUCAUCGGCGGAUUGGUGGAUAAGAACCGCCACAAGGGGAUUUGCUACAAACAGGCUGUCGAGCGGGGGAUCAAGACGGCCAAAUUGCCGAUUGGGGAAUACAUCCAGAUGGCCUCCCGUCAGGUCUUGGCUACGAACCAUGUGGUGGAGAUCAUGCUGAAGUGGUUGGAAGUGGGCGACUGGGGCAAGGCUUUCAUGGAGGUCAUUCCCCAGCGGAAAGGCGGCACUUUGAGAGAGUCAGUCAGUGAGUCGGGGGAGCCACAGGAUGAGGAAGGAGAUGAGGCAGAGGAGGAAGAAGAGGGAGAGGGGGAGAAAGAUGCAGAAGAAGGGGCUGAGGCUGUUCAGAAAGCGGAUACCGUUGCACAAGAGCAGGAGCAGGAGGAACAAAACGAUGCAGUAGAGGCCAAAGAGGGCAACUAGAUCGAAGCUAGAACCAUGGAAUGUAAUGUACUGUACUGUAUACUGCAUAGUAGAAC